AUGGCAGCGACAGAACCCCAAGUGACUGUUGCUGGCUUCGGACUGGACAAGAACAGACCUCUCACCCAGACAGCCGCCCACUUUGUAUGGGAGGCCAUAGACCCAAAAGAUAGAAAAAUCAACGGAAAGUUCCGAGGCUACAAGAUCCUGUACUGGGAGGUGACGGACGAGCGGCACAAGCGAGAGGUCUACGUUCCCGUGUCCGGCCAGCCCGUGGCCGCUGGUCAUCUGGUCAAGGCGUCGGUGCCGGACCUCCCAGCCUACUCCAGCAUCAGGGUCCAGGUGGUGGUGGUCAACACGCACUAUCAGGGCCCACCCAGUGAUGUGGAGGAUGUCUUCACGCCGGAGGGAACUCCGAGCGCAGUGGAAGGCCUGUUCGCUGACGUAGUCACUCACAACAGUGUCACGCUCAGAUGGCUGCCUCCGGACCACUCCAACGGGAUCAUAACGGGCUAUGACAUCGGUUACCAACCAGUCUUGGGUAACCGCCUGGGCCCAGUCCGUCCCGUGCUGCGACGCUCCAACAACCCAAGGGUGUUCCAGGAGAGGAUCGAAGGCCUCAAGUCCAACCACCGCUACCGCUUCCACAUCAUGGCCACCACGCGGGCCGGCCGCGGCCAGCAGUCCUUCAUCGACGUCAAAACCGACAACUACACAGGCAAACCAGGUGAGAGGGGCCCUACAAUACAGCGACCGUACAACGACAACCCAAUGGAGAACGAUGACGACAGUAACUCCGCCCUCUCCCCGCUCAGCAGCCCUCUCCUGUACAGCUUACCAGCUCUGACCUUGACAUUGUAUUCCACGCUUCUCCCCGUCUUCCAAGUCGUAUGCUGCUCUUGACAUGCGCAGCGGUAAAACUGAAAUCAAACGUCCGGAAACGUAUACAGAGUUCGUGAUGAUCAACCUGAAGCCGCUUUCCAUUUGGGGCAAGCCCUGAGCACGAGCAAAAGACAAUAAACUGUGCUAACUCAAACUCUGCUCUCACAGACUGUGUUCAUACGAACUCUCACACAAACUGUGCUCACAUAAACUAUGGAAUCCAAGGCUGAUACUAGAGGGGUUUUUUAACUCUUGAGUUUGAAGAAUUCCUACUGUGUUCGCUCACGAACGUUUACGAGAUUUCAAAGAAUCCAUGAACUGUGUGAAGACACCGACAAACCGACGCUUUUGCGUUGUUUCCAAGUGUGUGUGGUAUGGAAAGGAACCUAGAACACCGCUCAUGUUGCGUCGUUUUCAGUGUAAAAUGGUGUGAAUAAUUAGGUAUGAAGUAUUUCUGUUCAGCAGAUGCUGAGAACGAAAUAACGUUUACUUCAACCCUGUUUGAUGUGAUAUGCGGACGAACAUUGCUUCCUGCCUGUGUGUGUUUUGGCUCUUGUGCAUAUUAUUAUUAUUAUUAGCCAUUAACGGGCGUCCAAUACUUAAAGCGUUCACAAAAGGUCACUGCAAAUCCAAAUACGUGUUACAGAUAAUUGAAUCCAUUUCUUCUAAAGCAUAUGUCAAUUUUUGCUGUAACAUGUUUAAGCUAUCUGCAAGAUAAUCAUACAUUUCUACACUUUGUGAAAUUAUAUAUUCUAAGAAUUGUAAACUCGAUUAGAAAUUAAUCUAUGACGUUAGCAGCUAACCUUCUCUCCGCGCCAAAAAGGUAUCAAGUGGGUUUUCAUUUAAUAAUUUACUUUUCACGUUCUACUACGAUUUCGCAAAAA